AAGCGGUAGCGCUACUACUGACUCAGUUCCAGCGUGGAAGCUAUCGGCUGACUGAAUGUGGUUAUUUCACGCGCGCUCUUUUUCAUUAGCUAAUUAUGUCGGAACUAUAGCUUAUUCACAGUAUCACAUGUGGCAAACAUAAACUCUCAGUCUACUUUUGGUAAACGUUUGAAACGGUAAGUACGUUUCCAUGUUUGCCCAUCGGUCUCCUCAGCAUCUUUGGUUUUCUUUAGACGAAAAGAUUGCGAUCCCGUUUAGAAUACCAUUGUUUGUGAUGAGGAAUCUUGAGUGAGGGCUGCUGGACUGGGACUUUAAAUCGGACUGGGCCUUUUUACGCGCAAAACGCGGUGAUCUGUACGUUGCAGCAUCAUGGUCGCCGCUGAACUCGUCCAGGAACAUCUCCGGUGUAGCGACGCGCACGACGAAGAUGACACAGGUUCGGAGACCGUGGAGAAAAUCGGAACACCGAAUCAGUAUUUGGAUACAACGGAUAAAUCAGCCCAUGUGACCCUGUUGGAUUCUAAGGACUCCGAACGGGAGAUACCUUCGGAUGAGAGACAGGCUAUGUUGCCCGGUGGGCAAGAAGCACUCCAAACCAAGCUCUAUUGCAAAAGAUUUGCCGUUUUGGCGGUGUUCAGCCUUUACUCCCUCGUGAACGCCUUUCAAUGGAUCCAGUAUAGCAUCAUCAGCAAUAUAUUCACCUUUUAUUAUGGUGUGUCGAAUGAUAAGGUCGAUUGGCUGUCUGUUGUGUACAUGGUCGCGUAUGUGCCUCUGAUCUUCCCAGCAACCUGGCUGCUGGAUAAAAAAGGGCUGAGAAUUACUGCACUUCUGGGGGCCGGCUUGAACUGCGUCGGGGCAUGGGUAAAAUGCGCCAGUGUAAAACCAAAUCUUUUUGGGGUGACGAUGACGGCGCAGGUAAUAUGCUCGGUUGCUCAGACAUUCAUUUUGGGACUGCCGUCAAGGAUUGCCUCCGUGUGGUUCGGACCCAAGGAAGUAUCAACUGCAUGUGCUACAGCCGUGCUGGGCAACCAGUUGGGUACUGCCAUUGGAUUUUUACUGCCUCCAGUCCUGGUCCCCAACACCGUGGAUGAUAAAGACUUGAUGGGCUACAACAUCAGCAUCAUGUUUUACGGAACAGCUGCGGUUUCCACCGCACUCUUCAUCCUGACUGUUGUGGUCAUCAAAGACAGACCUCCACUGCCCCCGAGCCAAGCACAGGCUGUACUCCCUAACGGGCCUUCUGAAGACUACUCCUACAAGCAAUCCAUCAUCAACCUCUUCAUGAACAAGCCUUUCAUUCUGCUGCUCGUCAGUUAUGGAAUCAUGACUGGCUCUUUCUACUCUGUGUCGACAAUACUCAACCAGAUGAUCAUGACAUAUUAUAAGGGCGAGGAGCUCAACGCAGGCAGGAUUGGCUUAACCCUGGUUGUGGCUGGGAUGGUUGGCUCUGUCAUCUGUGGGCUGUGGCUGGACUACACUAAAACCUACAAAAUCACCACUCUGAUAGUCUACAUUCUGUCAUUCAUUGGGAUGCUGGUGUUCACCUUCACCUUGAACCUGGGACAUCUUAUUGUGGUGUUCUUCACCGCUGGCGUACUGGGGUUUUUCAUGACUGGUUACCUGCCUCUGGGAUUUGAGUUUGGAGUUGAAAUCACGUACCCUGAAUCAGAAGGGACAUCGUCAGGCCUUCUCAACGCAUUUGCCCAGAUAUUUGGGAUACUUUUCACAUUAAUCCAGGGGAAGCUGACCACAGACUACAGCCCCCUGGCUGGAAACCUCUUCCUGUGUGCCUGGAUCUUCAUGGGCAUCAUCCUAACAGCCUUGAUAAAGUCUGACUUGAAAAGACAUAACGUCAACAUGGGAGUGGAAAACAAACCUCUACAAGCAAUCACUACUGAGUGCCCGUCAGACGUCAAGUCUUCCAAUGGCGUGGUUCUGGAACCUUCCCCAGAGUAUUCACACGAGACCUCCCUGUAGACACUGUAGAGUCCCCCGUCACUUCAAGAGUCUUACCUGUGUACCUGGGCUUGCUCCUUUUUUUAUUACCGUUUCUUAUUUAUGAUAAUAUUUUAAUGUAAUUAUUUUAUUGUUUAGCAAGCCAACGUUUUGUUUACAGAGGAGCGUGACAUUGUAAAGCCGGCAAGAAGAGAGAAAGGAAUAAACAAGUAAACUUUUUUUGGAUUGUCCAAAAUUUACCUGACCACAGGACAGUAUUUAAUGAUCCACUACUGACCAAAGGUGGAAACGACAACACACACUCAUGUCUUUAGGUGAUCACUACCCAGUUUAAAUUCUCCUGCAUAAAAGGCAUUUGCAUAAAAUUUUGUGACCCGUGUACAAAGACGUGUGUGCCAUAUGUGUAUAUAUGAAGGUAAAAAUGACUAACUAAAAAUUAUUUAGCUCCUUGAACUAGCAAAAAGUUGUUUGCAAUCUCAUCCCUUUUGUGUUGUUAUUCAUAGGUUGCCAGUGAUUUGCUGAAUAUAUGUUGGAAAAUAUGUUGAAAUAUAUUACCAAAGUAUUGAUAAUAUAUUUUUUAUUACUUCACAAUGUAUGGGCAGAAUUAGGAAUUACUGCCAAUUCAGAUGUUACUCUGUAUUACACUGCUGUUGUAAUAUACACUGUGAGCACUUUAUUAGGUGUUUAUUAGAUUUUCAAGCACAAGAGUCUCUAGAGUUUACUCAGAAUGUUGCAAAAAACAACAUCCAGUGAGCAGCAGUUCUGCAGGCAGAAAUGCGUUGUUAAUGAGAGAGGUCAGAGGCCCAGACUGGUCGAAGUUGACAGGAAGGUGACUGUAACUCAAAUAACUGCACAUUACAACAGUGGUAUGCAGAAGAGCAACUCUGAACACGCAACACGUCAAAUAUCUUAAGUGGGUUGGCUACAGCAACAGAAGAUUUAGGUCUAAUAAAAACAGGUCUAAGAAUACCUAAUAAAGUGUUCAUUGAGUGUAUGUGUGAUAUUUCUGUGGGGAAUUUUGCACAUACUGUGUGUUACAAGGAUAUUCUCUGGCCAGUGGCCUCUGUCUGAUGAAGCCUGUGUCUAUGUACUACUAUAGCCUAAUUUCCAUCCUUUCCAAGACGUUUCGAGUUUCGCACAAUGCAUGCGUUAUUUUUUCCUUUUUCAGCACUUUAUUGUAGUGCAGGCAACUACGACAGCACCUGUACUCUCAGGAUCAGUCCUGGAAGGCAUUAUCAGUUGUAUUGGAAUUAUUCACAGGUGUUAGUAGAUGCUGAUGCGAGGUAAAAUAUGGAUUCAAAACACAAAGAGAAUGUACCAUGGUGCAGUGAAGGUCCAGACUCAUACUGGGGAAAUGGUCCAAGAUUUCUAGAUAUGCAGACAGUUCUAAAAUGUCAAUUUUGUCAAUCUAAAUGUUUUUGAUUUGGCAGAAUUCCCCUUCCUCUUUUCAGUUUUUGUCAAAUAGGUGUAUGGUCACCUAUAUUUUCUUUUUUUUUGUCUCUGCAUACAAUGAGGAACUUUUUAACCAGAGUUUAUUUUCCAUAUUUCUUAAUGCAAUUAAUUACGUUGUUUAAAUUGUCAACACUGCUUUAGUACUUUAGUAUGAAUUUUUGCUUGCUUGAAUAUGUGCUUCAUUUUGUACCUAAUGUAUACAAAGAAAGGGCAAUCUUCUUUUCUAACAUUUCAGUUUUGAGGUUCAUCAUCCUCUUCCUUCUUGCCCUUGAGCACUGAAAGAUUGUACAUAUGUAUUAUGUAUGUUCACAACCACACCUCACACUGUAUCUGACCUUGUCUGGUGUAGUUUUGUCUGUCAUUUCCAUAGCAAUGGUUCUGGAGCCAGUUAAUAAUGUUAAAGUAAAUUAAUGUGAUUUCAAUGCUUUCAAGUUUUUAGAACUACUGAAUUCUGCUGCCUUGGUAGUGGACCGUUGCACAUGAUAUUGGGGUAGUUGGCAUCUCGUAUUGUACAUGGUUUCAUAAUGUGGAUUACAAUUUUACUCCCUUUCAGGAACACUAUAUUUGUAGCUGGACUUUGUCUGAGAGCAGUGGUCAGGCCUGUAGUGUCUAAAGCUCAGUCAUUCCUGGGAAUUAUCAUUGCACUUGUGUGUCAAUCAUAACUAAACCAUUCUGGGGGGAAAAAAAUAAAAUGUUCAUCUUGACUCUCUAAA